GCCGCUGCCGGGCGGGGCCGCACGGGGGCGCCACUAGGGCCGCGCUGCUCCCGGAGUUGCCGAGCAUCGCAGGAGGCUCUCCCUUCCGAGUGGGGCCCCGCAGUGUCCCGCGGCCGCGCCGAGGGCCGCGCGGGCCGCAGAGGGGUCCAGGACCACUGUUGUUUGCAGUUUCUGAAAGCAUUUCAAGGCACCAGUCAGGUGUCGAGGGAGCAAUGGAAGAGCACAAGCAGGAAGAGAUGCUAGAUAUCCUGCGACUGAACGUGGGUGGCUGUGUUUACACAGCCAGGCGCGAGUCCCUGUGCCGAUUUAAAGACUCCAUGUUGGCUUCCAUGUUCAGUGGUCGUUUUCCUCUAAAAACAGAUGAGUCAGGGGCUUGUGUUAUUGACCGUGAUGGCCACCUGUUUAAGUACCUUUUGGAUUAUCUCCACGGAGAAGUUCACAUUCCCACCGGGGAGCAAACCCGAGUCGCUCUGCAGGAAGAGGCUGAUUACUUUGGCAUCCCUUAUCCGUACAGCCUGUCUGACCACUUGGCCAAUGAAAUGGAGACAUAUUCUUUAAGGUCAAAUAUAGAACUUAAAAAGGCUUUAACAGACUUCUGUGAUUCGUAUGGUUUAGUUUGCACCAAACCAACAGUUUGGGUUCUUCACUAUCUUAACACAUCCGGUGCAAGCUGUGAGAGUAGAAUUAUUGGAGUAUAUGCCACAAAAAUGGAUGGAACAGAUGCUAUUGAUAAGCAGCUAGGAGGAAGAAUUCACAGUAAAAGCAUUUUUAAAAGAGAGGCGGGAAAUAAUGUUCAGUACAUUUGGAGCUAUUAUUCAGCAGCAGAACUGAAGAAAAUGAUGGAUGCCUUUGAUGCCUGGGAAGGAAAAGGCGUCAGCUACUGGCGGGUGCCGCACGAGCUGAUGGAGUGCUGGACGCUGGAGGAGCGGCCUCUGCUGGGGAGCCUGCGCCACGCGGCCCCCCUUCGGAAGAGGAGGCUGAUGGCGCUGGACGAAGGGGAGGAAGGCGUGAACUGUAAGGCUGGUCCUAAACCUGUCAGGUUUUCGGGCCCUUCCACCAGCACCCAAAUCAAGGUCAAGAACUCGGCUUCAGUCCGGGUGUCCCCGUCUCCAAGCGGAGUGCCCGCUCAGCACUCUGCACUGUCUAAGGCCCUGUCCCUGGUGGGCACUGAGGGUCCUGAAAAUGGGGCCACACCCCCCCCUCCAGCCAAGGUCCUGCUGUGCGACAAGAAGGCCACCCCACCCCGGGUGAUAAAGCUGAAGAGGACUCCACUGUGUGCCACGGGGCCUCCCCCUCCCGCCUGCCCAGCUGCCAGCCCCGAGGGGGCCCCGCCACCACCCCAAGCACCCACCUUGGAUGUGCGGACUGAGAACAGGCAGGGCAAGACCGAUUGAAGGGAGCGCUGGGCGCCAGACACCCUGUUGGCCUCCCAGGGCUGCCAACCGGUGAUGCACAAGUGACACUGUCGAUGCUCUAGAGGCGACAGCGUCAUGCUGGCAUUCAGGAUAAUUACGGGGGAAAGAACCUGGGACGUAAGAGUGGAGGAGGGGAGACUUCAGGUGGUUGGGACUACAGUUACUUCUCAUUUUCCCAACUUUUAAUGAUUACUUGUCUAUAGACAGUUUGAAUUUCCGGUUUUUAAUUUUUCUAAUGGUUGGUUGGUAUUAGGGCGACAAACCAGUACAGCAACAUCAUCACCAGAGAAGUUGACGUUGCUGAAAUAAUUGUGGGCUGGAGGCACUUUGUAAUGUGUCAUAGCAGCCCCGGGGGAGGAGUGGGUCCGGCUGAGAUCCUCCUGCCUUGGACCAGCCGGGGUGCUGCUGCAGGGCCCCCGGGUGGUGGCACAGCCCAGAGGGGUGGAGGGAAUGCAGAUCUGGGGACCUCCCCCAAACUUACUCUCAGUCUCCAAGGCAACAGGAGGAGAAAGAUGGGAAGGGGCAAGAGAUAGAGACCACACUUUGACGUUCACUUAAUUAAACUGUUUUCUUUUCCA